CUUCCGCGAUUAGUCCGGGUAAGGCAGCCGCGGCUGGGCGGUCCUUCUCUGCCUAACUUUUAUUGCUGCUUCGGUACGCCCCCGCCUGUCCGGACGGUUUUGUCUUGCGGGCAGCACCCAAAGGGCCUGGGAGAGGAAGUUUCUGCCCGAGUUGGGAUGCGGCGGAGCCGGCGAGUCCGGGCCGGCCGAGGAGGAUGGUCGCUGGUGGUGGCGCUCUUCUCGGGGCUUGGCAUAGCGGGCGUGUUGUUGCUUUGGCACUGGGGUCCGCAGGACCCGCCUAAGAGCUCUGGGAGAGCGGCGCCCCCUUCCUUGGCGCCCGAAGUAGCCCAGCGACGAUUGCGCAGACCCGUCUACGACAAGCCGCCGUUGGGCAGAGAGACCGAGGUGGGCGAGAUGGGCCGGCCGGCGCGCUUGGAGUUAACCAAGGCCGAGCAAGACCUUCAGGAGGAGAGCAUCCAGCUGCACCAGAUCAACAUCUUCCUGAGCGACCGCAUCUCUCUUCACCGCCGCCUGCCCGAGCGCCGCAACCCGCUAUGUAAAGAGAAAAAAUAUAAUUAUUACAACUUGCCAAAGACUUCUGUUAUAAUAGCUUUUUAUAACGAAGCCUGGUCAACGCUUCUGAGAACAGUUCAUAGUGUUCUUGAGACAUCUCCUGAUAUUCUUCUAGAAGAAAUUAUCCUUGUAGAUGAUUAUAGUGAUAAAGAACAUUUAAAGGAGACUUUGGAAAACUAUCUGGCAAAUUUGCGCAAGGUACGGCUUAUCAGAGCAAAUAAAAGAGAAGGGCUGGUUCGAGCAAGGCUUCUGGGAGCUUCAGUAGCGAGAGGAGAUGUUCUUACAUUUCUCGAUUGCCAUUGUGAAUGCCAUGAAGAGUGGCUUGAACCAUUAUUAGAAAGAAUUAAAGAAGAACCAUCAGCUGUCGUCUGUCCUGUGAUUGAUGUAAUUGACUGGAACACCUUUGAAUUCUUGGGAAAUGCUGGAGAGCCGCAGAUUGGUGGGUUUGACUGGAGACUGGUCUUUACUUGGCACGUGGUACCAGAGCGGGAGCAGGAACAUCGAAGAUCCAAGACUGAUGUUAUCAGAUCUCCAACUAUGGCUGGUGGACUCUUUGCUGUGAACAAGAAUUAUUUUAACUAUCUUGGCUCAUACGACACAGGAAUGGAAGUCUGGGGAGGGGAAAACCUUGAAUUUUCAUUUCGGAUCUGGCAAUGUGGAGGAAGUCUUGAAAUCCAUCCUUGUUCUCACGUAGGGCAUGUUUUUCCAAAGCAAGCUCCAUAUUCACGUGCAAAAGCUUUAGCUAACUCUGUUCGGGCUGCCGAAGUAUGGAUGGAUUCAUACAAAGAACUUUACUACCACAGAAAUCCACAUGCACGCUUGGAACCCUAUGGAGAUGUGACAGAAAGAAAACUGCUUCGAGAGAAGCUCAAGUGCAAGGAUUUUAAAUGGUACUUAGAGAAUAUUUAUCCUGAACUUCAUGUCCCAGAGGACAGACCUGGCUUCUUUGGGAUGCUGAAGAAUAGAGGAAUGCUAAAUUAUUGCUUUGAUUACAAUCCUCCCAGCGAGCAUGAAAUUACAGGACACAAAGUCAUAUUAUAUCCAUGUCAUGGCAUGGGACAAAAUCAGUUUUUUGAGUAUACCUCCCACAAUGAAAUACGUUAUAAUACUCGUCAACCAGAAGUCUGUGCAGCUGUUGAUCCAGGAACUGAUUUUUUGAAAAUGUACUUAUGUGAAGAUAGUAUCCAAAAUAUUCCUGAAAAUCAGAAAUUUAUUCUUAGAGAGGAUGGAGUUUUAAUACAUAAGCAGACCCAGAAAUGUCUACAAGCUGAAUCUAAUGUAGAAAAUGGAUACCCAGCACCUUUGUUACGACCAUGUUCCAAUUCAGAAUACCAGAAAUGGUUUUUUAUAGGGAGAAAUUGAUACAGAAAACUGAUUUUAUGGUUGAUCAAGAUAAUCUCUGGAUCUGAAGCAAGGAAAUGUUUAAUCGUUUGUACAUGGAGAACUGUAUUAUUUUCACCUUAUUUUUCUGGAACACUAGCAGGCAUUGAAAUUCGUAUGUAGUUAUUGUGGACUUUUCUGCAUCGGAAAUCUAUUUUUGGCAGCUAUAUGAUUUUUCAAAUUUUUUAUAUAUUUUAGAAAUAAACUUAGAGACUUGAUAAUGAAAUGCAGGUGGUGGCACUUAAAUUUGAUAAUUUAAAUAUUUAUUUUUUUUUUCCUAAUGUGUUCAACUUUAAUGUGACUUAAGACAUUAAAAGAAAAAGAAAAGGACAA